UCAAGAGGAGAAAGCUUCUUCACCACUCUGCUACUGCUAAAUUCGUCGUCAUCAAUGGCUCUCUCUGCGUCUUUAGCUGAAACAGAGGAGAAGAAUAUCAUUUUCAGGUUCCAGGAGUACCUCCGAAUCAACACCGUACAGCCGACUCCUGAUUACCGCGCAGCCGCAGCUUUCCUUCUCUCCCAGGCUCAGUCCAUCUCUCUCGAAUCUCAGUCGAUCGAAUUCGUUGAGGGGAAGAAGAUUGUUCUCCUGAAAUGGAUUGGAUCAGAUCCUUCGUUACCUGCGAUUCUCUUGAACUCACACAUCGAUGUCGUCCCCUAUGAGGAAGACAAGUGGGACCAUCCGCCGCUCGGAGCAGAAAUCGACGAAGAAGGCAAAAUCUACGCGAGGGGAGCUCAGGACAUGAAGAGCGUUGGGAUGCAGUACUUGGAAGCAAUCCGCAAGCUCAAGGCCUCUGGUUUUAAGCCGCGUCGAUCCGUCUACGUCACGUUCGUUCCCGAUGAAGAGAUCGGUGGCGCUGAUGGAGUUGGCCAGUUCGUUGAAUCGGAAAUCUUCAAGAGCUUGAACAUCGCCGUCGUGCUCGACGAAGGCUUGCCAUCUGAAACGGGGAUCUACAGGGUGUUCAAUGGAGAGAGGAUGCCAUGGUCGCUUAAGAUCAAAGCUGUAGGACAACCUGGCCAUGGCUCAAAGCUCUACGAUAACUCAGCCGCGGAGAAUCUAACCAAAAGCAUUGAGAGUAUGAUGAUGUUCAGAGCUUCUCAGUUUGAUCAGCUCAAAGCUGGUUUGAAACCUGACGGCGGAGUAAUCUCUGUCAACAUGGUUUUCCUCAAAGCUGGCACUCCUUCUCCAGAUGGCUUUGUGAUGAAUCUGCAACCAUCUGAGGCAGAAGCUGGUUUCGACAUUCGUAUCCCACCCACUGCUGAUUUAGUAGCACUAGAAAGACGUUUGGUGGAGGAAUGGGCACCUUCUGUCCGAAACAUGUCCUUCGAGUUGCAGCGGUACGACCAGAAACUUUCAGGGAAGCAGUUACUUACAGCGAAAGAUGAUUCAAUUCCAUGGUGGGGACUCUUGGAAAAUGCUGUGAAUGCAGCUGGAGGGAGGAUUAGUGAGCCUGAGAUCUUCCCUGCAUCAACAGAUUCUCGGUAUUUCAGGAAAGCAGGCUUGCCUGCGAUUGGCUUCUCUCCUAUAUCAAACACCCCGAGCUUGCUUCAUGACCACAAUGAGUCUCUGAGUCAAUCUGAGUACUUGAAGGGAAUUGAUAUGUAUGUCUCAAUCAUCAAGGCUUUCACAUCAUAUCCAUGA